CAAGAUGGCGGUUUUGUGUUGAAGGAAGUGAUAAACUACAGGAAUUUGAACUGCAAUGUGACGUUGUUAAGUUCAUUUCUCGAGUUCCAAAGAUGCGUAUUAAUUACCAGGAAGCAUCCGUAUUUGAAAUUUUACAGGUCAACGUUUCUUGUGGAACAUAACAUCGCAAAAUCUCGUUUGGAGGUUAAAACAAUUCGAAUCGAACGUGACUUGAGUUGGAUAUGCAAUGGCUUCUGUCUGUUGCGCGUCCUGUAGGAAAUCACGACUCCAAGCGUGCCUCUUUCUGUUUUAUUUAUUCGUGGUUUUAGGAAUUGUGGCCUCGAAUAAAAGCAACUUUAGAAAGUGCACUAGAGGUGGUCGCGAAUGGAACAGUGCAACUCUUCGAGAUGGGGCGCUUGCUGGAGACUUUUCAAUUCUCAAACGUACUACAAGCAUGACCACUUGCAAAGAGCUGUGUUGUGCAAACGAUUCGUGUGAAUUGGCCUUGCUUGUCAACGGUGGUUGCUUUUCCGUCCAAUGCAAGUCCGCCGAAGCGUGCAUGCCUCAGAGUGUGAAGCGUGAUGGAGUUGUGGCUCCGAGAAUAUUCGUACGGAACAUCGCCAAAUUUGAUAAGAAGAGGCAGCUGGAAAGUACAAAUGUGCUGAAGUCUGAUCCAAACAAGGAACUUAUUCGAGAAAAAAG